AUGGCUGAAAAAGCUGCUCAUCAUACAACAACAAUUAUAAGUCGACCUUCAAUUUUUGAAGUAAUCGCACAAGAAAAUCUAUCGUCAACAAUUUAUCCAGCAUUAAAAAAAAUUGUUCACUAUAUUAUUAAUAAAAAUCCUGGACAAUUGGAAUGGCUAGACAAAUAUUUUGAUGAAGUAUUUCUAGCACUUAAUACUGUAUGCCAGUAUCAAUAUUUGAAGAAAUAUGGAGGAACAUUCUCUGAAAACUUUUAUGAUUUAACCAGAGUUUCUAGUAGAACCAAUUCUACACCUGACAAUAAUCAGUUGUACUUGGGUUUAGCCAUAGUGGUUUGUGUACCUUAUCUACGAAAUAAAUGCAAUAUGUAUAUCGAUAAAUUACAAAUGAAGUAUAAAUUGCAGCUAAAACAUAAAGUAUUUAUAACAUUAAAUAAAAUUGUGCAUACAUGUUGGGAAGCAUUACGUUUAACAUACUAUAUAAAAUAUAUUAAUGGAUCCAGUCAAUCACAUUCUCCUUUAUUAACUAUGGCAGGACUGGCAUUAACUUAUAAGAAUAUUGAAUCUUCAAAUAAUGAAACGCUUGCUCAACUAAGUAUUAAAGAAUCAAUUAAAAAUUAUUUAUUGUAUGGAUUAUCUCAUUCCUUGGAGUUAGGUGCAUUUUUUAUGCAGUUUUUAAAUUGGUGGCACUCUGAAAAUUUACAAUCAAAAUUUAUUGCCUACCCUAUACCUAAUCCUCCGAAGGAAAAUGAUAUGUAUAUUUCAGUCAGAAACACUAAUAAGUGUCCUAUAUGUGAAAAUGAAAGAAAAAUGCCAACUGCACUUACUGUAUCCGGGUUUGUAUACUGUUACAAGUGCUUACAUAAACAUCUCGUGGGAGUAAAUUCUAGAUGUCCAGUUACUAAAUUACCAGCAUCAAUGCAGGAUAUGAUAAGAAUUUAUACAGAUAAUUAA